AUGGGUGCUGACUCCCUCCCAACGCCGCCUGCCGGCCCGCUGCUCUCCGAAGAAUCGGCUACCCUUCUCCGGGAGCUGGGAGACUACUUUACCCGUACCGCCCAGAUGUGGUCAACAAUGACGCAUAAUCUACUCCAAGGCCCACACAUUGAUCAUAUUUCCAUAGACGUCAACACACGCUCUAAUAAUCAAACCGGUUUGGCGGACCUCAUGACCUCUGCUGUGGUUGACGUUGAACUCAGUCGUUUACGGAAGAUACGGGACUUGACAGCCAAGUUCUCUCAAGACGUCCAGGCCGUCUGGCGUCCUGAUACUGGCUCUUUGGACUCUGCCUCACCUAAUCAAGUCGCCCGCAAUGGACAAGUUCCACUCGCCAAUAUACUUUGUCCUACACCAGCCCAAAAUGCCCAUCUCAUGGGUCAUGGCCACCCUGCCAAUGACAACUUGAGCACGUUGGCUGGUGGAAUGACUGAGCAGAUGGACCUUAGCAACGAAGACGACUCAGAGUCUGACACAGGCGAUGAGGACCUCUUCGCCGGUAUCAACAUGGACGCUCUCAAACAGAGAGGAAAGGGCUCGCACAUAUGCCCCAAGGGCCCGAGAUGCGACAAGGGUGGCGUGGACAAAGACGGCAACGUUAUCGUCUUUGACCGCAACUCGUCAUUUGCACAACAUUGUAAUAAGCACCGCAAGCCUUGGGUGUUGCCUGACUGGUUCACGGGUCAACCGUGCAUGGCCUCGUGCUGCACUGAUCCACGUUUGAUGCAAAAGCCAUGCAGCCGCCGCUCGCCACGAGGCAGCGCCGGCCACUUGACCAAGCAGCAUAAGUCGGUGUGA